AUGUUCAUCCCAUCAGUAAGGCGCUGUGCGCCUAGCAUCUGGAAGAAUACGCAGGCAGAGAUGGCGAGGGCUACGAAAUUUGCUCUCAACCUCGAAGGACUGACUCUUCCCACAACGCCCAAGCCUAUCUUCGAUUUCGCAGAUCCCGAAACCAUUACAACCCUUAAAACGAUGACCGACCGAUCGGUAGGAGGAUUUUCGACGGCUGAGCUCGUCCAAAGGCCUGCCGACGCCGCCAGCCAAACGCCUGCGCACAUUCUAUUCCGUGGAAAUAUAUCUACAAAGCUGCCUGCAAACAGACCUGACAUCAAUCGGACAGGCUAUGCGGCGUGGCGAAAUCAAGACCGAGGACGCACACUUUUCGGCGAGCUGUUUUGGAGCGUAGACUCGUACAUGUAUCUGGCGCUGAGAGUGAAGAGCGACGGGAGAAAAUACUUUGUCAACAUACAAACAGACUCAAUUGUCGAGUCAGACAUCCACCAGCACCGACUGUAUACGAAAUAUCACAAGGGUGCAGAAGGGCCAGAUAGUCCCGCGCAGUGGGAAACAGUCUGGAUCAAACUGCACGAGUUUGUGCGAACAAACCACGGUGUUGUAACAGAACCGCAGUCAGAAAUGCUACGGCAGAAAGUGAAGAGCUUUGGCAUAGGUCUUAUAGACAGACAGCCAGGCCCGUUCGAGCUGGGCGUGGCGGCAAUGUGGGCUACAAAUCUGAAUGAGCGCGGACAGGUUGAUGGACGGACAGGUUGGGAACACGGUGACCAGGGCAGUGCCAGGCUAAGCGAAGUGACGGCUGAAAAAUUAGCGCAGAAAGAGGAAGAAAAGAGAAACCUACCACAACAGAAGAAGGGCUUCCGCGAAAGAGUGCCACACUUUGGCAAAGUUGGCACGCACGACACAUCGGGUGUGAGAUGA